AUGCCUCGGGAGUCAGCAGCAUAUAAAGUUUGUGCAUGCGCGAGUUUGACACAAGACAUGGCCAAACCGACAGUCCUCGUUCUGGGCGCAACGGGCGAAACCGGUAAGGCGAUUCUGGACGCCUUCCUCGUCGAUGGAGGAUUCGACGUUGAAGCUCUUGUGCGCCCAUCCUCUGCCAAGAAACCCCAGGUUCAAGCGCUGGGUGUCCCAAUCCGUGCCGCCUCUCUCGAUGCCCCCAUUCCCACUCUCGUAGAAGUCCUGUCGGGCGUGGAUAUCCUCAUCAGCGCGAUCGAUGGCAUGCACACUCUCCAGCAAAUCCCUCUUGCUACUGCUGCCAAAACCGCCGGUGUCAAACGGUUCAUCCCAUCUGCGUUCAUAACGGUCGCACCGGUUUCCUCGCCUGUUGAUGGUACAAUAAUGCGAAUGCGGGACAUCAAAGAACAGGUCUACACCCACAUACGCUCGAUAUACCUGCCCUAUACCGUCAUCGAUGUCGGCUAUUGGUACCAGCUCUACAUUCCCGCCAUUCCCUCAGGCCGCGCGGAGUAUGCUGCGAUGAUUCGCAAUCGGACGCAGAUUCAUGUUGGAGGUGCAGCGAGAAAUGCGCUGGUGGACCUGCGAGACAUCGCGAGCACGGUUGUCCGGAUAGUGAAGGAUGACCGCACGAUUAAUAAGAGUGUCCAUGUCUAUGGCGAUGUUCUCAGCGAGAACGAAACUUUUGCGAUGAUGGAAGAGUUGUCUGGGGAGAAGAUCGACCGCCGUCAUAUUUCUGCUGAGCACAUCGCUACGACGAGGGCCAAGUUUGCGGCUGCAAUCGCUAGCAAUCCGGAUGACCUUCACACCCAACAAAUGUCUUAUGGGCCGGACUAUCACUUCAGUAUGCACGUCAGGUCUGACAACACCCCUGAAAAUGCGGCCUACCUUGGCUAUCUGGACGCCGGCACGUUGUAUCCGGAGUGGAAGCCCAUCACCUUCAGAGAUUACCUGCGGGAAGUGCUGGACGGAAAGGCAACAAAACCCUAUGGCGAGUGGGCUUUAACGAUUGGUAAAAACUUGGACGAAUAUUAA